UUCUACUUUUUUUUUUAAUUUUUGUUUUAGCCUAUUACUGCCUAUUAUUUAUUGAAGUAGAAUAGUUUAGUUUUAUUUCUGCUUCAAAUUUAUUAUCAACAAUCUUGAAGUAGAUUUUCCCUACGUAUAAUAGGCUAGUAAUUAGAGUUACCCUAAUGGCCAAUGCAAGUGACCCGGUUCCUUCUGAAAAGUUUAAUGGAACUAAUUUUAAGCAUUGGAGAGAGAAAAUAGAAAUCUUCUUAACCACGCUUGGAUUAUUUUCCAUAAUUUUUGACUCUCCUCCAAAUGAGGAUGAGAAUGAACCGGCUAGGACUUGUAAUUUAGAGGAAUUUAAGAAGAAAAACUACUUGUUUAGGGGUAGGAUUUUGUCCUAUCUUUCUGAUCCCCUUUUUGAUGUCUAUUGCACUCUGAAAACCUCUAAGGAGAUUUGGGAUGAUUUUAAUAAAAAAAAUGGUAUCCAAGAUGCCGGAAUGGACAAGUAUACUGCUAGUCAAUUCCUGUCUUAUAAGAUGGUAGACACCAAGCCCAUAGUUGACCAAGCUCAUGAGCUAACAGUGAUUUAUCAUGAAUUAGGCUUAAGGGGAAUGGGUAUAACUGAGAGCCUUCAAGUUGCUUGUACCAUUGACAAGCUUCCACCUUCUUGGAAAGAUUUUGGGUUGUCCCUAAAACAUAAGACCGAGGAAAUGAGCAUGAAAACCCUACUAUCUGCCAUUAGGAUCCAAGAGCAACAUUUUGAGAAAGACAAUGAGCAAAUCAUGAACCUUGACUAACUAACAUGAACUUUGUAGAACGCCAGAAUAAAACCUAUAGGUUCAAAAACUCCAAAUUUGAAAAGGGUGGAACUAAGAACAAAGAAAAAUCCAUGAAGCCAAAACACCAGAUCAAUAAGAAUGAUCGGAGGCCAUUUUGCUACAAUUGUGGAAAAUCCGGUCAUAUGGCACGAGUAUGCCGGAUGAAGAAGAAGUAUCAGAACUAUGAACAUGCACCUCCUCAACCUGCCAAUUCACAAACCAACAUGGUGUUAUCCAGUACUGGUCCUACUAGUACUGAUGAUCGAUCCGGAGCGGCUUAACAGUGACUAUGGGGAAUUCUACCUCGCUAAUGUUGACGUGAGAUACGGGAAGGUUAAUGCGAACAAUAGCCAAGCAAGGCAGCUUCCAAUGCCAGCAGUGGAGGGGAAUGCUGAUGAUUCCUGUGUGAUAAAGGAGAGGAUGACUCAGGCACUUAGGUACUUCAAGGAAUCGACGGAUCAGCAUGUACUGGUUCAGGUCUGGGCACCCAUGAAGAAGGGAGAUCGAUGUUUUCUCACAACAUCGGGGCAACCCUUUGUUCUUGGUCCUCAAAGCACCAGGCUACUUCAGUACAGAACAGUUUCUCUGAUGUACAUAUUUUCAGUUGAUGAAGAUGGUGAAGGAUAUUUGGGGCUCCCAGGUCGGGUUUUCAGGCAUAGACAGCCGGAGUGGACACCCAAUGUGCAGUAUUAUAGCAGCAAGGAGUAUCCACGCCUUACCCAUGCCCUCCAUUACAAUGUUCAAGGGACCUUGGCCUUGCCGGUUUUUGACCCUUCUGGCCAGUCUUGUAUUGGUGUGAUUGAGCUUAUAAUGACUUCACAGAAGAUCAACUAUGCUCGUGAGGUUGACAAAGUCUGCAAAGCUCUCCAGGCAGUAAAUCUGAGAAGUUCUGAAAUCUUGGACCAUCCAAAUAUUCAAAUUUCUAAUGAAGGACGCCAGUCAGCUCUUGCUGAAAUUCUGGAAGUACUGACGGUUGUUUGUGAAGCACACAAACUGCCUCUAGCUCAGGCCUGGGUUCCAUGCAAGUGUCGUACUAUUCUAGCACAUGGAGGUGGUUUGAAAAAAAUUUGUUCAAGCUUUGAUGGAAGUUGCAUGGGACAAGUUUGCAUGUCAACAACUGACGUUGCAUUUUAUGUUAUUGAUGCUCACAUGUGGGGUUUUAGGGAAGCUUGUGUGGAACAUCAUUUACAAAUCGGGCAAGGAGUGGCUGGCAGGGCAUUUGCAUUACGGAGGCCAUGUUUUGCAGAAGAUGUUACCAAGUUCUCUAAGAGUGAGUACCCCCUUGUACACUAUGCACGGAUGUUUGGAUUGGUUGGCUGUCUUGCCAUAUGCCUACAAAGUACUCAUUCGGGAGAUGAUGAUUACGUAUUGGAAUUCUUCCUUCCACAUGACUGCAAGAACCUAAUUGAGCAACAGGCUUUAUUGGACUCUAUUUCAGCCUUGAUGAAACAAUGUUUUCGCAGCUUGAAAGUUGUUAGCGAAUUAGAACUCCAAGAAGGAAUAUCUUUUGAAAUUAUCAGCAUGUUUGCAAAUGAGAAUCAUGGAUUUGAACCUGAUCAUAUCUGUAGUCAAAUUUGUGAUGCUCAUCUUCAUACAUCCCCUGAAACUUACAUCCUGGAGGGCCACGAUGAUUCACAGAAUGAGGGAAAUGUAACUUCUGACUCUCAUGUGCUACAUUUGCCUACACAUGCAAAUGCUGAAAAGGCCAGUAACAUACAUUUUGACUCAGGUGGUGGUGGGGCAUCUACUGCUCGAUUGAGCAACAAAAACAAUGGAGCUCCAGAAAAGAGGAGGGGCAAAGCGGAGAAAUCAAUCAGUUUAGAAGUUCUCCAACAAUACUUCUCCGGGAGUCUGAAAGAUGCUGCAAAGAGUCUUGGAGUUUGUCCUACUACAAUGAAGCGCGUCUGCCGGCAGCAUGGGAUUUCCAGAUGGCCAUCUCGCAAGAUCAAUAAGGUUAACCGCUCUCUUUCCAAACUGAAACGAGUGAUCGAGUCAGUCCAAGGUGCAGAAGGGACAUUUAAUUUGACUUCUCUUGCAUGCCCGCUUCCAGUUGCCGUUGGUUCCAUAUCUUGGCCAGUUAAUUUGGAUGCAUCUAAAGAAAGCACGGAUGCGGUGAAAGAUAAUGUUUCAUCGCCACAUAGAACACCAGAAAAAAACAAUCAGCAUGACAAACUUUUGGUUCAACAAGAACUUGGUCACAAUGUUACCAGUCCAAAGCCGGAGGCUGGUAAAGAUUCUCCUUGUUCAAAAACAAAACGUUCCUCAGAAGGGAGCAUGGUGACCCCUGCUCCCCAGGGUUCAUGUCAUAAAAGUCCAGUAAAUGAAACCUCUGUGGAUAAUGUAUCUCCUCCCCCCAACUUGAAACAAGGAAUAGUUGGUGAUUCUUUGGAAUUCACAUUACAAGAUACUGGUGGUCGAAGCCUGCCUCCUGUAUGUCUGAUGCCUGGUGUCAAUGUGGCAAAGCCUCAACCACCGCUUGCUGGGAUGAUGAUUGAAGAUUCAGGAAGCUCAAAAGAUUUGAAAAACCUCUGCAGUAAUGCAGGGGAGGGUUGUCAAGAUGAACAUGCAAUGGCUGCUAAUCCAUUAAAUCCCAUGGCCAUGCAAGAAACGAAGACUGUUACUAUCAAGGCAAGUCACAAAGAAGAUAUAAUUAGAUUUCGAUUGCCAUGCACUGCUGGCAUCGUGGCAUUGAAGGAUGAAGUGGCAAAGAGGCUGAAACUUGAAGUGGGCACAUUUGAUAUCAAGUAUCUGGAUGAUGAUCAUGAGUGGGUCAUGCUGGCUUGCAACGCAGACUUGGAAGAGUGCAUAGAGAUGUCAAGAUUAUCAGGUUCGCCGGUGAUCAGGCUGGCAGUUCAUGACAUUGUGGCACACCUAGGAAGUUCUUAUGGGAGUUCAGGAGAUUGAGCAACAGAGCUCUGUUCGAGUGUACAUUUUUGUUCUGUGAAGCAUCUCAAGUUGCAUUAAUUUUUAAGGAUUAGGUACAUGCAAUUUUAGUUUGAUUAGCUAGUGAAUUUUUCUAAUGACUGCUUGUCUCGUAUCAUUCUGGGAUGAAGAUAAUUUUUGAUUCUCACGCAAA